AUGAACCAAUUUCGAGCGCCAGGCGGCCAGAACGAGAUGCUCAGCAAAGCGGAGGACUUUGCCGAAGACGUAAUACAUUGAAAAUAACGGGAACCAAUGUAUAAUCGAUCAUUUUUCAGUUAUUCCGUAAGACUCGCAACUAUUUGCCACACAUUGCUCGUCUGUGUCUUGUCUCGACGUUCCUGGAGGAUGGAAUCCGCAUGUAUUUCCAAUGGGACGACCAGAAGCAGUUUAUGCAAGAGUCGUGGUCGUGCGGAUGGCUCCUCGCCACCCUCUUCGUCAUCUACAACUUCUUCGGACAAUUUAUUCCCGUUCUGAUGAUCAUGCUCCGCAAGAAGGUGCUCGUCGCGUGCGCCAUCCUCGCCAGCAUCGUUAUCCUUCAAACCGUCGCCUACCACAUUCUCUGGGAUCUCAAAUUCUUGGCCCGGUAACUCGAAACUUGACACUCAGGCGGGAAGUUUAAUAAUUUCAGAAACAUUGCUGUCGGUGGAGGACUCAUUCUUUUGCUCGCCGAGACCCAGGAAGAGAAGGCCUCUCUGUUCGCCGGAGUUCCGACCAUGGGAGAUUCGAACAAGCCAAAGUCGUACAUGCUGCUCACCGGACGUGUCCUUCUCAUCUUCAUGUUCAUGUCCCUGAUGCACUUCGAGAUGACCUUCCUUCAAGUCAUGGAGAUCGUCGUCGGAUUCGCCCUCAUCACCCUCGUCUCUAUCGGCUACAAAACCAAGCUCUCCGCGAUGGUCCUUGUCGUUUGGCUGUUCGGACUUAACCUCUGGCUAAACGCUUGGUAAGCCAAUGUCUAGCUGGAAGCCAGUACGUGAACUGUUUCAUUUUCAGGUGGAACAUCCCAUCCGACAGAUUCUACAGAGACUUUAUGAAGUACGAUUUCUUCCAAACCAUGUCAGUCAUCGGAGGUCUUCUUCUCGUCAUCACCUACGGACCAGGAGGUGUUUCUGUCGACGACUACAAGAAGAGAUGGUAG